CACGGGUCAGAAAAACUCGAGGUAAACCCUAAGCCCGGCAACUACUCUCAAAACACAGUCAGCCAUACAGGUCGAUCACGGGAGUUUUGACUCUUGAACCCGAUUUCGAGCAACCGAGCGGCGAGCGGCGCGGGCGCGGGAGCGGCCAAGGAGUGCGACAGUGCGACCGGCAACCGGCAACCGGCGCGGCUUGCUGUCAUCUCGGCGAAGGCGCGCCCAGAUCUACUAAAGCAAUCACAUGGCAACUCUGAAAGAUGCAGUAGCACGGAAGCCUAUACUGGCAACAAUCCGCCUGCUUGUUCCAGCUGGUGCUGCACGUCCUGCACCACCAGUUGGUCCGGCACUCGGUUUUUAUAGGCUCAAUUUGAUGGCAUUCUGCAAGGAUUUCAAUGCAAGGACCCAGAAAUACAAGGCAGAAACUCCUAUGCAGGUCACGCUAACUGCCUACAAAGAUAGCACUUUCGAGUUUGUAGUCAAGUCGCCGUCCGUUUCAUGGUUCCUCAAGAAGGCAGCAGGAAUUGAGACCGCCAGCACUCGUCCUGGUCACAACGUUGUGUCAUCCCUAACACUCCGCCACGUUUAUGAGAUUGCAAAACUUAAACAAGCUGACCCCUUCUGCAAGCAUAUGUCGCUCGAGGCGUUGUGCAAAUCUAUCAUUGGCACAGCUAACUCAAUGGGCAUUGAGAUUGUCAAGGAUCUCUGAGUGGAUUGGCUCGUCUCCAAUAGUACCAAGCUCCUACCUUCCUAGGUGACAUUUGUGAGCUGUAGUUUCUCAUUGAUGUGGGAGAAGAUGGGAGUUCUUCAAUUGUUGAUCCUUACUGAGCUCUUCAGCCCAGGCAAUAUUUUCAUUUUCUUCAUACCCAGUCUUCAGCUGUUCCUGCUGCAAUGUUGAUCUCUUCCAUGGGAGAUAUUUCAUGGAAAAUAAUGUUACUUCUGAGCUUGCGCCAGACGAACAAUAUUAUCCAUUUCUGUUACCUUGCCAAGUUGCUAGUUGUUUGUUUACUUUUGGUAUCAUUGUCAUUUCUCGUGUAAUGGCAAUGUAUUUGAAACACAAAUAUGUAAUGGUUAAUUUUGGCGCUUUUACAUGACUUUUACUUGCAACUUUAAAUAUCUUAUCAUUCUCA